CUCCCUGCCUACCUCCCUGCCUGUCUGUCUGUUGGCGGACAUGGCGAGUCCGCCCGUCACUUCCUGCCCGCCUGCCUGCAUUCCUGCAUUCCUGCCUCCUGCGAUACGCAAAACAGUCAAUGGUCGGCCAAUCGACAAGCCCUAUCUGAUGCAGCCGUGCGAUCACACGUGCAACAAACACCAUGAAUGCACCAAACACCAUCAAUUAUGUAAGGAGUGCACUGCAUAUUCACCCGUCAGUGUGUCAUGAGGACUGCCUUGCAGGCGCCGUGGCGUGUGUGGCGUGUGUGGCGUGUGUGUGGGUGGACCUGUCCGCCUCUGACGGCUCCCGCGAUGCCGCCAUAAACGCCCCGCCCAACCCUCGACGGAAGACCAUCUGCGGGCUGGAAGAGAUGUUGCUGCGCACAUCAGCCGCAGUGGCCCUCUCCCUCUCCCUCUCCCUGUUCCACAGAUGCACUGACGGGUUGAGCGAGUUGGCCCGCUCCCGCUCAGAGAAUGACGACAUCGGGAUGUCCCCGCCAAGAUACCCGCCCCUAAACGGCGCUGCGUAAAGCUCCCGAAUGGUGCUGCUCUGCCGCUGGAUCUGCUGACGGGGCCGAGGGGGGCCGGUCGAUGUGGCGGCCGAGUGCUGCGGGGAUGCCUCUGGGUCGACUGCACCGCGCCUCGACGGCGACCCACGUGAGCCUCUGGAAAAGGUGGGCGAGGGCGGCUGCAGCGAGUUGCUGGUGGUUGUGGUCCCGGGUGGGCCCCUGCGCCUGUGUGGGGGGACGGGUGGACGGCCGUUGGUUGCCUGCGAUGGGUGCAGGUCUGGUGUGCGGGGUCGCAUGUCUUCUGGCGAUGAGUCGACGAGUGUGGUGCUGGACGGGGGGAGGGCAGGGAGGUUCUGCAGCCGACGAGACAGCAGAGAGCUGUCGGUCACAUCCACACUACUGCAGGAGAGAGAAAGACAGAGAGGGACAGGGCAAGCAAGGCACAAACAGCCAAGAGGGUGUUGUCAUGUCAUGAGCGACAUGAUUGUUUGUCUCUGUCUGUCUGUAAGGUGCGUUGCGUUGUUCGUCUGCGCACCUUCUGGCCCUCCUGAAGAGCAGGCCGCCCCCGCCCCCUCCCUCAGUCCCUCCUGCCCCCUCGUAUGCCGCCGUGAUGCCCGACUGCACCGCCGCCUCCACAGCCUUGUUGAUCCUCUCCUCUCGCCCAUCAGACGCUUCCCCACCACCACCACCACCACCACCCCCAUCUCCGCCCUGCUUGCCGUUGUCGGAUGCCUCGUCGCCGUCGUUGGUCUCCUCGUCGUCCCUUUGGCUGCGCUGGGAGUCGCUCAUGGAUGCGUGGGGGAUGUUGAGGUGCUUCUGAACGGAGAGAAGGGCCUCUGAGAGGUGGCCGAGGAGCCGCUGCUGGUCGAACUGGAGCAUCAGCAGGUGCUUCGAGAGGGCGGGGCCCUUGACGCGGUUCACGCCCUCGACGAAAUCCUCGACACGCAGCUCCUGCACACGUGGGUGAUUCAUGCAUCCAUCCAUCCAUCCAUGUGUGUGUGUGUGGUGUGUGUGUGUGUUGCGACUGACCGACCUCGAUGUUGUUGGCGUGCAUGAUUCUGACGAGGUCCAGUGCGUCGAGCCACGAGAUCUGCGCGCGCUUGAGGUCGUCGAGGAACUGCCGUGUCGAGAGGGCCUCGAGCAGCUCCUCUUUGCUUAGCCAGUGGUUGUUGUCGUGGUCGGCGGCGUGGAAGGCCUCUCUGAGGAUGCGCUUGCCCUCGAGCAGCCGCCGCUCCUGCAGCUCCACCUCGCUCUCCUCCUCGUUGUGCCUGCUCGUGUCAUUGACGGCCUCGACGAUCACACCGGUCACCAAGUUCAGCAGCGUCACCUGCACACACAUGGACGGACGGAUGGGAUGUAAAGGUGGAUGGAUGGAUGGGCGUGAAGGCAAGCAUACGUUGGUGAAGAGAAUGUAGGCGACAAAGAAAAUGGCGCUUGCAGGAGCGAAAUCCAUGGUGUGUCUGGCGAUCUCGUUCCAGCCCUCCAUGGUCAUGAGCUGGAACAGGGUGAAGGCCGACCGCAGGAUGCUCCCCCACCACUCGUCCAUCAGCUCGUCGCUGCUGUGGAUCUGACCGAACAGGCGCGUUGUAAAGGUCGCGCAGAUGUCUGCACCGCCACACCACCACCACACACCGCACAAACAGAGAGGAAUCAUGGGUGUGGUUUGAGGGGAGGCAGCCUGGGUAAUGGAUGGCCUGGUGUGUGUUGUGCUGACAUUGCGUCAUGAGUAGGAAGACGCUGAUCCAGAAGAGCGACCGGAGCGACUUGCCUAACCCCUGCACCAGCAGCCACAGCUCCUUGUACGACCGCAGAAUCCGCAGCAUACGCAACAACCGCACGAGCCUCAACGUCUGCCACACCACACCACACCAAAGCACGCAUUCAUCCAAGCUCUCUUCUCUCCCGCUCUCCCCACCCCACCGACCCACCCGAAGAGCGAGGAGUGUGUCCAGUUUGCUCUUGGAGUUCUUUCCAUGGUUGCCAAGGAGACUCUCGAAGUAGUCGAGAUUGGGGGUGGAGGCGUCAGCGAGGGAUGCGCGCGUCUUCUCCACUGCCACUAGGGUCGCCACGGCGUUCUCCACGAUGGACAGCACCACCAGAAUGAAGUCCAUCGUGUUGAAGAAAUCCUGAAUAAACCGAUGAACAAACACAAUGGAUGGAUGGAUGGAUGUGGUCUGGGUGUGGCUGACUCUGAAGUAUUUGAGUCCCUCGGCUUGUAGGUGCAGGAUUUGCUCGAUGGUGAAAAGCACCACGAACAGCAGCUCGAUCGACAGGAAUAUCGACGCAGUCUGGUCCACACACACACACAUAUCUCACAAGCUGUGCAUCAAAUGCAUCUGAUCAGCCCGCCCCGCCGACGUACCUGCCAGUUGUCGGCAUUCUGAUUGAGCUCGAUCUCGAGGCCGAUGAACACCGCAUUGAAGACGAUGAGCCACGUAAACAGAUUCUGGGCGCGGGGGGACUGGAUCCAACGAACCUGUGAUCAGAUCAACACACAUGUGACAUCACAAGUUGCCCCUGCCACUGUUGCCCCUCUCUGUGCUGACCCUCUUGAGUCGCUUGAAGUUGUCCUGCGAGGCCGCAAACUCGCCGGUCAGGACGUUGUCGCGCGUGAUGGCCUGAAGAUCAAACUCGUCCAUGCGGACCUCCACCUGCAGACACACGUACACGACAUGAGGGAUGAAAGACGAAGCACCACCAACCUUGCCCUGCCCCUGCCCCUCCUAUCCUAUGUGAAUGUGUGUGUGUGUGGUGUUGGUCACCUUACUUACCUUUCCGCAGCACCAGAGGCAGCUGAGUGCCUUGCGCAUCUUGGCCCAGCCCGACUUGUCCUGGCGCCUCCGGUCCAGCCGGGCCUGGAAGGCGUUCUCAAACAGCGACGUGUGGCCCGUCCGCAGCUUGGACGAGUUGAACGACAAGCUACGCUUCCGCUGCUUGCCGUCACUGCAGCUGUCCUUGCUGCCCCGCCGCCCCUCAUCCUUGCCCUUGCCGGUGCCAGUGGCCUCUCCCUCGUUGUCAGAUGGGAUGUACUCGUCGGCCCGUUCGACAGACGAGGAUGAGCCCGGUGAGUCGCCAUCGUAUGGGCAGCACUCAUGGCCGCCUGUGGCAGUGGUGUGUGUGGCGUAGGUGGGGAGGGAGAGGGCGGACUUCUUGCCUUUGUCGGUGUGGCUGUUCAGGAAGGCAUCACGGCUGAAGGGCGGGCACGGCCAGCCGCGCAGUGGGAGGCACCGCUUGUCUUGCAUAUUGCAUCUAUCGCUUCAGAAGUGUCGUGGUCUGCGUGGCAUCCCAAAAAAGGCGGGACGGCCGAGAAGACAUGGCUCAGCGGGCGGUGGAUCUUCAGAAUGCGGAGAUCUCAAUUGGCUUUUUGAUACAGGCGGUGUGUCGGCAGGCCCACAGACGUUGUCCUCAUGCAGCCAAGGACCUUCACGCUGG